AUGGAUAAUAAUUAUAAUAAAUAUAGUUCAGGACAAUCAAAAAUAAUUUCAGACUUUGAUAAGAUUCAAGAUAUAUUUGAAAUUGUUUUAAAAAAUCAUGUCAAUAACCAAAGUACCCAGGAUAAUAAUAAUAUAAGAAUUUUAGAUAUUGGUUGUUCACAUGGUAAAAAUUCAAUAAUUGUCUUAAAACCAUUAAUUGAACAAUUAGAAAUAAAUGGAAGCCAAAUGAAAAAAUUAUUAAAUGUAUUGCAUCAUCGUUAUAAUGAAUUAAAAGUUGGUGGUAUUUUUUCAUUUAAUCUUUUCAUUCAAGAAGAUCAAGGUAGUGAAAAUGAAGAAAAAAGUAAAUCAAUGAAAAAUUGUACGAAAAAAAUUAAAGAAAUUCUUAGAGAAAUGAGUUAUGAAUCAAUUUUAUCAAGAGAAGAAGUUGAAAAUAUGAUUGUUCCAGCCAUAAUUUUUACUAGAAAUGAAUAUCAAUAUGCAAUUGAUAAAUCAACUAAUAAUACAGGUCUAAAAUUAAUUUAUGAAAGUAGAAUAACAAGCAAUUGGUAUUAUUGUUAUCAAGAUGAUGAAUCUUAUAUUAGCUCAAUCAUUGCAUUUAUUGGUAAUUUCAUUAAAAACGCAAUUAAUGGAGAUAAGAAUAGAGUUGAUUCAAUAUUCAAUGAUUUUGAACAACGUCUACAUUUAAAAUAUAAAUCAAAUCCAAAAGAUUUCCAAUUUCAUGUUAGUAGUUUAUAUUUAUCAUUUUUAAAAGAAAAUUGA